AUGGAAUCAUCAGCGAGGGUCGAAUUGCCGGCUGCCUUUGAGGAAGUUGAUGUGGAUAUUCUUGUCCAGCUCAUUGCUGACAUGAUGAGUCGUCUUAUGGCGCAUAAUGAUCAAAUAUCGUUGUCUCCCGAGAGCCUUACGCGCUUCCACUCGCGCACUCCGCCCGGAAUAACUGUGCUAGAGUAUCUUAGACGCAUCGUCAAAUUUACCAAGGUCGAGAGAGCAUGUCUGCUGAUCACACUGCAUUACAUCGACCAAAUCUGCGCCAGGACGCCCCUCUUCACGCUCUCUUCCCUCACCUGCCACCGCUUCGUCAUCACCUCCAUCGCCAUAUCCAGCAAGGCCCUCUGCGACACCUUCUGCACCAACAACGUCUACGCCAAAGUCGGCGGGAUUCCCGUCCCGGAGCUGAACAUGCUCGAGCGCGAGUUCCUCCGCAUGGUAGACUGGCACCUCACGUGCACGCGCGAGAUCCUCCAGGACUACUACGUCAACCUCGUCCGCACCCACAGCACCGGCCAAUUCGUCAUCCCAGGCGGCCAAUCCGGCAGCGGUUCGUCCGACAGCGACAUGGACGUCGACGCUUCCCGUCCGUCGUCCCCGACUGUAACGAGCAGCAGCACCCGCACCCUCGAGGCGUCUACCAUCCUCAUCGACACGGCGACGCUCUCUCCCGAAUCCCCGCGUCCCCCAACGAUCGAGCAAGAAAUGGCGUUCGCAGACUUCCAGCAGCAGUCCCUGGAGGAAGGGAGAGGGCGAUAA